AUGACCUCUCACCAAAGCACGUACGUGCGCGUGGCGCCAUCGCCGCGCUUCAAGGAUUCGCAGACACCGGCGUCGAGUGAGCUCAUCCAGCUGCGGGUGCAGCACAUGCUGCCGCAGACAACGCAACGCGCGAAGGAGCGGGUGGGAAACCUGAAGAGACUCUAUGCGGUGCCGCACGCGCUUCUUCUGCGCGAGCACGCGACGGCUAUGGCAGCGACCCUCCACCGCCUGCGCCUCGUCAAGGCGGUGCGCAACAUCAAAGUUCUAGGAGCCGGCGGCGGUAGCAACGUUGUCGCCGGCGCGCUCUGCUUACCGUUCCACUCCUGUGCAGCGCUGCCCGCCGUGCCGGCGGUGGUCAGCGGCGACAGCGGGUCUUCCAGUCCUUCGUCUGUGUGUGUGCUGACCGGAUCUGCAGAUGGUCUCCUUACGCUGUGGGAUGCACAGAACUGCACCCCGCUGCGCAGCCAAUCCACGUACGCCGACUCGCACGGAUGGGGCCGUGUCAAGUCGGUUGUAGUUCACCCGCAGCAGCAGGGCGGAGCAAGCGCGGCCUCGGCCACGUCGUUCGCGUUCACGGCGAGCAUGUUUCAACGUGUCGUGCGUGUGUGGCGGGUGACAUUGGGUGGCGGUGACAGUGAUGCGCCGGACCAAGACUCUGGCGCACUGCUACAGCCCCUGACAACAUCCCCCAUCAAGUCUGCCGAGACGGUGGACAACAGCUCUGGUGGCGACGCUGGGGGCCUACAGCAGCUGGCCCUGGACCCUACAGGCGCCCUCCUCGCAGCAACGCACGCCGCCGGGAUCGUGCAUGUGUGGGAUGCGCGGGCUGUGCUCGAGGGCACGUCAUCGUCCGCAGCAGCGAGCCCCGUCGCGGACACGUCUCCACUCACACAUCUCUACGCGCAGGACGGCUAUGAGACGGCCGGGGCCACCCUCGGCAUCGCUUUUCAUCCGGACGGUUCGCUGCUCACGACAAGCGACGCCGGCGGUCGCAUUGUUGCCUGGGACACACGCAGCGGCCAGCUUGCCUUCCACACCGGCGGCCGCGUUGGCGGGCACCUGCGAGCCGCGCUGUGUGUGGCGUGGUCUCCUUGCGGCGUGCGCGUUGCGUCGGGCGGCGGCGAUGGUGUCGUGCACCUCUACGAUGCCCGUAAGCUGAGCAAGGCGGGGCUGGGGCCGCACAACGACUCCGGUGGCGGCGCUGCCCCGUUCCAGUUACUCGGUCACGACGACGCUGUCACGUCGCUGAGCUUUUACGCAAACCCCCUCAGCUCCGGUGGCCAUGGCGCACUGAGCCAGGUGCUGCCAAUCGGCUUGGUGACGACGUCGCUGGACCACACUGUCCGCAUCUGGGAUGCGGACACGGGACUGUGUGUGCGCACCCUAGACGCAGGCAUGCCUCUCUACGCGCAGUGUCGACCGCAGCUCCCGCCAGUCUCCCCCCGCUUCGCUUCGUCCACGGCGAUUAUGGUGGUUGGGCACAGCAAGAACUGGCUGCUCUACGACGUCGAUAUGGCGGACGAGGUGGCGGACGAGGUGGUCGUUGCGGGCGGCUCAGGCAUCACGGUGACGGAGAACGACAUCGUCGUCUCCGCCCACGGCUCCGCUAAAGACAUGCGGUUUUCUGUGCUGACCUCGUAUGUCAGCCGGCCCACAAACAACAACGAAGAAACCGACAGCGGCAGCAGCGAUGACGACGACGAAAUGAUGACGCUGCGCAAGAAGCCGCCGCCGCCGCAGGGGCUGGUGAAGAGUGCAGCUGCCAGCGCACUCCAGAACGGCGGCCACGACAAGGAGGACGACAGCGACGAGGAUGAGAUGGAGAUGCUCAGGAAAAAGAAGUGA